AGGUAUGAUCAACCCAAUGAAUCUCAUCGCUCUUGCGAAGAAAUGGCGAACUGUGGCUUCGAUCGGCAGGAGAAGGAUCUUAGCUCCAACGGGACAAGAAACCAAUAAAGGUCAUUUCGUCGUCUACACCACCGAUAAGAAAAGGUUUGUGGUUCCAUUAACGUAUCUCAACAGUAAUAUCUUCAGAGAAUUAUUUAGGGUUUCUGAGGAAGAGUUUGGGUUACCUACAGACGGACCUAUCACCUUACCAUGCGACGCCAGCUUCUUGGAUAAAGUUGUUUCACUAGUUGCAGCACAAGCUCCUCAAAGAGAUUUGGAGAAUACUUUGCUGAGUUCCAUGGCUGUUGGUGGGCAUCUGUGUUCGGGUUCUUCUUCUUCUGGUAUUACUCAAGGGCCAACGCAGAUCCUCCUCCGUGGCUUCUGAACAAUCGACAUGACCACUGAUGUCCAAUUUUGUAGAUAGGCUUCUAAAUAUGUUCAAGUGUACAU